AUGGCUGCAACAGUUUCACUCUCUUUUUCCUUAGAUCCACAGCACCACCAUCUCUUAUCCAACACAACCCACUUCAAGCUUCACCAAACUCCCCUUCUUCCCUUCUCUCCCCCAACGUCAACUCUUUUCCCCAAAUACCCACUUGCUAUUUUCCAUAAAUCACACCCUUCCGCUUUCAAAUCUUCUUCCUCUCCAUCUCAUUCUUCAACAACAACAACAACUGCUUCUGAUACAACUGCUACUGAUACAGCUACAACUACAAGCACAAGCACAACAUCUUCGUCAUUUCUUGAAUACCCACUUAGAACAGGUCGAUUUCUGAGCAGUGAAGAGCUCGAGCAACUCAAAUUGCUUGAGAAUUUCAGGUAUUAUCAGGAAUUGGAAUCUGGGUCGAUGUGGGUUCGGGUGAUGAGGCCGGAGGAAAUGGACAUCACUGUUGGGUUGCUGUCUGAGUCGUUUGCAGAGUCGAUGCUUUUGCCUUCUGGAUAUGUCUCUGUGUUGGGCUACUUGGUCAAGCAAUACUUGUUUGAGCGGAUGGAGCUAUCGCCACACACUGCCACGCUUAUUGGGUUUUACAGAAGACGUAAAGAAGAGGGUGAAGAACAACAAGAAAAAAACACAGAAGAUGAAGAAGAAGUGCAUGAAGUUGAAUUUUUGGCGGGGACUGUGGAAGUUUGCUUUGACAAAAAGGGUGCCAACGCUUCUCCUCCUACACCCACUCCUCCCAAGAACUCGCCUUAUAUAAGCAACAUGGCGGUGAAGAAGUCGCUUAGGAGGAGGGGCAUCGGCUGGCAUCUUUUGAAGGCAAGCGAGGAACUUAUAUCUCAGAUGAGUUCCUCAAGAGAGGCGUAUUUGCAUUGCAGAAUGAUUGAUACAGCUCCAUUCAACAUGUACAAAAAAGCAGGUUACGACAUUGUAAAGACAGAUAACAUUUUGGUUAUGUUGCUGUUGCAGAGGCGCAAGCACUUAAUGUGCAAGAAACUUCCAGUCUUAACCAGCUUUUCAGAAUCAGAUACAUUCUGUUCUGAAGAGGAAUUAACAUCAUGA